UGCUGCACGCGGUGGGCGGACCUAGACCUCGACCCCUAACCCGGUUUGCGUCUGUGACCCCGACCCCAGCCGUGACCCCCACUCGGCCCACUGAUGGCCCGGCACGUGUUUCUCACGGGGCCCCCAGGUAUUGGAAAAACAACUUUGAUCCAGAAAGCUAGUGAGGUUUUAAAGUCCUCUGGUGUGCCUGUCGAUGGGUUUUACACAGAAGAAGUCAGGCAGGGAGGAAGAAGAAUAGGAUUCGAUGUCGUCACAUUAUCCGGCCUGCGAGGACCUCUGUCUAGAGUUGGGCCGGGCCCUGCACCUGGGAAACAGGAAUGCCGAGUCGGGCAGUAUGUGGUGGACCUCACGUCCUUUGAGCAGUUGGCACUUCCGGUCUUGAAUGUUCCAGCCGUGGCCCAGGGCAGAGGGUGUGUGUCAUCGAUGAGAUUGGGAAGAUGGAGCUCUUCAGUCAGCCCUUCGUGCAGGCUGUUCGUCAGACACUGGCCACCCCAGGGACUGUGGUCCUCGGCACAAUCCCAGUCCCUAAAGGAAAACCGCUGGCCCUCGUGGAAGAGAUACGGACCAGAGCGGACGUGCGGGUGUUCAGUGUCACCAAGGACAACAGAAACCACCUCCUGCCGGACAUUGUGACGUGUGUGCAGAGCGGCAGGAAGUGAAGGCGGUUGUGUCCCGCUGCCCGGCCCAGAGCAGCUCCUGCCUGUCCGGUUCUGUGCCCGCGGGUCCUGAGACCGUGUGGGCUUCUGCAAAGAGAGCCUCACAGCUGUUUUCCAUAAAAUGUCUGAAAGACGGAAUUAGCCCUAAUGCUGGAUUGACUGCAAGACGAAUCAUCUUGUGGCUUAUUUAUGCCGAGCGUUUUCUGUUUAUUUCCUCUUGCAGUUGUGCGUAUGAUUUGGGGAAGUUAUGAAAUGAGCAGUGGUUCUCAGAGCACCAGAUGGGAUUGGCCCCCCUUGACGUUGUACAUGUGUUGGGGGAGGGGAGAGUUUGCGGCCCCGCCAGCUCUGCACAUCGGGAACAUGAAGCACCCCCACACCCCCAGGGGCUGCUGCAGUCUGGCAGCUUGAAGUGAUAACAGUUACUUGAUAUUUAAAAAUUACUAUUUCGAAAGAAAACCCUUUCAGACCCUCCCCACCCAUCUCUCAUGUUUGUUUGCUUAUUACUCAAUAAAACAAGUUGAUGUGAUGGUCCUGGCAGGAGUUGUGGGGCGGAUGGCCGCGUGCUCAGUGGGUGUGGGGUCAGAC